AUGGCCUCUGCUGUUUUGGCAGCCUCCCUUGGCGUUUACAAGCCAAUCACGCCAAUAAUCACAGAGGUAGGAUCCUCCCAGGAAUGUCAAAUUUUUCUUGAGCCCGGACAAGCUAUUGCAAUUGUUGGAUAUGGGUACAUCACCGUCAAAAGCGGAGAUGUCGAAUGUUUUGGUGCUCGUAUUAAUGCUUCUCACGGAAAAAUCACCUUUUUUUCUCCAGAAUGCUAUUCGCUGAUGGUCUUUUCAGCACCCAUCGCAUCAUCUUGCUUGAUUAGCUUGUGUGAGGGAAAUAUUAAGUGGAGACAAUUGACGUCUUUUUUGGACCUGAAAGAUAUUUGGGGAGAUGGUGGGUUCCUUUCAACGCUCAAAAGCAAAUGUUCGGAAAUCUAUUCGAUCUUUGAAGGACUGCACGCGAUCUCCUUAUCUGAAGAGUCUAUCAAUACUGGAUUUUCUUAUCUUUCUCCCAUGCCUCUUUGGAAAGAUCUUUCUGGCUACCUUGGAUCUCUUAAUCCGCUUUCUGUCGUUGUGUUUGGAUCCAAAGGAAGCGGAAAAUCUACAUUUCUCAAAUAUUUGAUAAACUCGUCUUUGUCGCAACAUCAAGUAAACGCUUGCUCGACCCCACGUGCAUCUGGUGUUUUACUUAUGAAUCUUGACUGUGGCCAAGCCGAGCUUGGACCACCGGCCACAGUAUCUCUUUUUCACAUCGACAAAUUUAUCCUUGGACCAUCGUUUGCCACUCAAUGCUCUCACAUUCAUCAAGAGUAUGUGGGUGUCAUUUCUAUUGCAGAAAAUCCAAAGGGCUAUCUUCACGCAGUCGAGAGGCUGUGCAAUUUUUUACACAAAAAAGCACCAAAGGGACUGCCUGUAUUUGUUAAUACUAUGGGGUGGACCACCGGCCUCGGUCUGGAGUUAUUCAAGUGCACAAUUAACUUGGUCCGACCAUCAACGAUAAUCCCGUUGAUGGAAAGCGUCACAAGUGCGGAAGACCUUUCAUCUAGCACGCUGGUGAAGGAAGCUGUGCAAAAGCUAUCCUCUACAUUGUGUGAACCGCCUCGAUUUCGCACCAAUUUCUCGAUUUCCUCUGUGCCCAUUUUGCCGACAAUUCUGCCAACUUCAGCUAUCUCAAUCGCAGCAGGCAGGUAUUGA